CCUUAACUGGCAUAAGCUUCAUGAGGCUAUCUCAGUCGCGAAUCACGGCGUUUGACACCUUCCUGGACAGGCAGUUCGAUCCCAUGCCGCCUGCGGGUCAAUCCGCCUUUGGUCCGAUUGCACCAUUUGCUUGCCGACUUGUCAAAUCAUGUCCUUCUGCGAGGCCGCUUCUCGUGCGGAGAAACACACCGCUGAUAACCAGAUAACAUAAAUUGCGACCUUUUGCUCUUCCUUUCGUCAUGUUUGGUUUCCAGGAUUCCCGUUCUCUGGUGUGCCCUAUUCAAUUGACUACCUGUCAAUAUGCGUCCAAUUGUCCCGAUCAUCGCAGGAUUCCUGCUCCCUUCGGUUUCAGCUCUCAGCAUUCCUCUGCAGCAAUACCUCCCCUCUUGGACUGAUCAAGGCAACGGACUCUGUCCUCUGCCGUCGAAGUUAACCCCACCCAAUGAUGGAUUGACUUCCCCUCUGCAAUAUGUUCAGGAUAAAAGUUUACGAUCGCGUCAAGUCGACCGUCUCUCUAGAGCCGUUCAGGUCCCUACCACUGUCAACGACUACAUGAAAGACCCCAAUGAUCCGGGUUUUGCUCCAUUUGUGGAAUUUCAAAAGCUUCUCCAAUCGCUUUUCCCCAUCACCCACUCCAAAGCUCGCGUAGACCACAUCAACAGGUUGGGUUUGGUCUUUACGGUCAAUGGCAGCGACACGUCCCUCAAACCCUUGCUUUUCAUGGCCCACCAGGAUGUCGUGCCCAUAAACGACCCUGCCGUCUGGACGUACCCUCCGUUCGCCGGUCACUUCGACGGCGAAUGGGUUUGGGGCCGGGGUUCCAGUGACUGCAAGAACGUAUUGAUCGGGCUUCUCUCUGUCCUUGAGGACCUGCUGCACCAAAACUGGAAGCCUGCUCGCAGCGUGGUCUUCGCCUUCGGCUUUGACGAGGAGUCUCACGGCUUCCUCGGCGCCGGGUCGAUCUUCAAAUUUCUGCAGGAGAAAUACGGCCGCGACAGCUUCGAAUUCAUCCUCGACGAAGGCGGCAUGGGCCUCGAGACCAUCGGCGAUCAGGACGACGACAACGCCGUCAUCUACGCCCUCCCAGGCGUCGGCGAAAAGGGUUCCCUCGACAUCGUCCUCGACCUGCAAAUUGCAGGCGGCCAUAGUUCCGUGCCCCCCGCCCACACUGGCAUCGGCAUCAUCUCCGAGAUCAUCUACGAGCUCGAACGACAAGAUCUCUUCGUCCCCUUCCUCAGCGAAGACCACCCUACCCGCCGAAAGCUCGAAUGUCAAGUCCGCCACUCCCCCCAGGAAGUCGAGCCGUGGCUCGCCUCCGCCCUCCAAUCCUCCGACUACAUCUCCCUCGCCGAGCAAGUCGCCGCCUCGCGCGGCGACAAAGUCCGCUUCACCCUUCAAACCUCCCAAGCGGCCGACCUUUUCAACGGCGGCGUCAAAUCCAACGCUCUCCCGGAAAAGGUUUCCGCACUCGUCAACUACCGCGUUGCAUUGCACCAGACUCCCCAAACCGUCAUCGACCGCGCCAUUCGUAUCGUGGGACCCAUCGUCGAGAAACACAAUCUCACAUGGUCCGCCUUCCCUUCCACCAACCGCCAGCUCCAAGAGAACGACACCGACAGCACCACGCCCGCCAAUCACCUCACCCUCUCCACCCUCAGCGAACCCCUCCUCCCUGCCCCCGUCAGCCCCACAGACCUCCUCUCGCCGAACGGCGAGGAGACCGUCUGGGCGCGCUUCGCCGGCGUCACCCGCUCGGUCUUCGAAUCCAUCCCCAGCCUCAAGGGCAAGAAGGUCGUCGUCAGCGGUGACAUCAUGACGGGGAACACGGACACGCGGUUCUACUGGAACCUGUCGCGGAAUGUCUACCGGUGGAGUCCGUCGCGGGCUGGGAAGACAUUGAAUAUUCAUACCGUGGACGAGCGGGUCUCCAUCGAUGUCCAUUUGGAGGCCAUGGUGCUUUAUUAUGAUCUUAUUCGGUCUUUCGACGCGGUAGCUAACUAGGCAGAGUGCGAGCGCCUGUCCGUGAUUUAGGAACAUGCGGUUGCGAAGUAUAUAGGAGGCAGAUUGUGCAUGACAUGUUGUAUGAAUGACUUAUUGAAGCAUGAAUUGAAAUUACGAUCAUGGACAUGUUGAUUUUGAGGCACAUACAGUACAUAGCGUGGAUGCUAUCCUUCAUACGUCAAC